AUGGCUACCGCAAUGACCGCUACCGCAACCCCUGUUCCUACUGUGGCGUCUCAUGCACAGGACAUAACCCUCCCUCCACCUCCCAAGGGCGACAUCACUACACCCAUCCUCUUUGCCCAAGACUUCCAGAAGCCCAGCACGGGGUACAUGUUCAUCAAGAAUCCUCCUCCCGCCGGAGUUCCCUACACCAACAUUCGUGGUGAGCCCGCAAUGGUCACCGUCGAGGACCUACGUGGCAAGGAAAAUAGCGUCAAUCUCGAUCGCGACUCGCUCCAAGUCCUGCAAGGCCUGACCGACGUCCCGCGCAGCCCCGAGGUCAACUGGAACAGCGUCGAAAGCGUGGAGAAGACCUUCUACCCAGCUGUCGAAGCAGCCAUCAAGUCCGCCAUCCCCGGCGCCCACACCGUGCACAUCUUCCGCCACGGCAUCCGCCACACGCAGAACUGGCCAGUGCCCUACAAUCCCCCAGCCAUGAUCGCACAUCUGGAUCAGACAGGUCCCGCCGCCAUCAACCGCGUGCUCCGGCACAUGGGCCCCGUGGAGGGACCCCGGCUGCUACAAGGCCGCUACCGUAUCGUGCACUUCUGGACCCCCCUCAACGGGCCCGUCUAUACCUGUCCCGUGGCGGUCGCCAGCUCUGCCACAGUCAAGGAUAACGAUAUUCAGAUCUUUGUCAGUCAUCUUGGGGGCAUAGGCGGGCUGGACAUGCCCCUCGGACGGCCGGUCGCCAAGCCCGAUGCGUCAGAGCAGUACCGCGAGGACUUCGGCGCGCCUCGCUACGCGGACGGGCAGCGGUGGUUCUACCUUAGUGGCAUCACUCAGGAUGAAGCGUUGUUGAUUCAGAUCUUUGACUCCAACGCGCUGCAAAAGGACAGUACCGUCCAGGGGGGCAGAGCCGUGCAUUCGGCCUUCCGGGAUCCUCGGACUCCCCAGGGAGCUCCUGACCGUUGGAGUAUUGAGGUUUCCUGCCUGGUUUUCAGCGAUGAGUGA